AUGCCUAGUCGUAUCAGUCACAUAACAGUGUUCAUAUCGGUAACCCUCAUUAUCGUUCUCAUUAUGGUUAUUGCUCACAUAACACGUCUCAUCGUGGGAAUGAGAAGCAAGAUGCAUUCAAAGCGUGAGACAGCACCUUCUGCCAUCGUAAUCCAACCGAAGAGAAAACAUUCAGAAAAGAUGAAGAAGAAAAAAAGGACAUCACUUGCCUGGUAG